CUGUUAUUAAGAUGUAGACUUUGCAAUGUGUGCUUUGUGUAUUGCAUUGAAAGGGUGGUCGUUAAUUCAGUUAGAUGUGAAGAAUGCAUUUCUUCACGAGGAUAUGAAGGAAGCUAUAUAUAUUGAACUAACUCCAAGUUAUACUAAGGGUCACUCAGGUAUGGUUUGCAAACUUGUUCGAUCACUAUAUGGGCUGAAGCAGACACCUCGUACUUGGUUUGAGAAAUUUCAUGGCACUAUGUUUAUGAGGGGUUUGUUCAGAGUCAUCAUGACCCCUCCUUGUUCAUUCGACAACAAUGGAUGGAAUUAUGGUUAUGCUCAUAUACAUAGAUGAUAUGGUAUUGACGAGAAACGAUGUGGAAGGGAUAAAGAAGUUAACAACAUUACUGCAUCGCACGUUUAAUCUUAAGGAGAUAUGAGACGUGGAGUAUUUCCUUGGGUUACAGGUGGUGAGUCGUAUAUGGGUAUGACACAGACAAUGCAUUUGGAUGCGAUUCAUAGGUUAUUGUGUUACUUGAAGCAAACUCAGGAUGUAGGCAUGUUUUUUCCCCUCGAUAGGGAAGCUGGUAAUUGAAGCAUUUGUUGAUGCUGAAAUAUAUAUAUGGGUAUCAAUAUGUAAUAGGCCAAUAGCUUAUAUAUGUGCAAACCUAUAGUGUAUAACUUGUGUACUGUACAGAGUAACACGACAAGAAUUACCUU